AUGAGUGCGUCCAAGGAGAGGUUGGCAUCUCAAUACGCCAGUUCCCAUCUGGACCCCUUUGAGCAGUCCUCUUCUGAAUUAGAUGCUGCCACGGAUGCGCUGGAUAAACUGGAUGCUUCCAUGGACCGGAAGAUGGCCGUGGCCCACUCCAUUGCCUGUUCGUUCAGCAAGGAAAUGACCGUGGAAACCUUGGACCUCCCUUCUGAAUGGGAAUCAGAGAGGGAGCACUGGAGUAGGAAGCCGCAGGCAUUCAGAUGGAGUCCCGUCGUGAUUGUCCGGGAGGCAUCGCUGACCCAGGCGGACUGCUGCAGGGAAUUCACAGAGUUCCUGGAGCCCUUUGAGAGAGUAAUCCAACCAGAGGAGCUAUGGCUCUACAAAAACCCCUUGGUGGAGUCAGACCACAUCCCUAAGAGGGUCAUGUUCGCAAUUUCUUUUCUCACUCCUUUGGCUGUGAUAUUCGUGGUGAAGAUCAUUCGGCGGACAGAUAAGACAGAAAUCAAGGAAGCAUGUCUAGCUGUCUCACUGGCUCUAGCCUUGAAUGGAGUCUUCACAAACACUAUCAAGUUGAUCGUUGGCAGACCCAGGCCAGACUACUUCCAGCGUUGUUUCCCAGAUGGACAGGUGAAUGUUAAGAUGCUGUGCACCGGAGAACCAUACCUGGUGUCAGAGGGACGCAAGAGUUUCCCAAGCAGCCACUCUUCUUUUGCAUUCUCUGGCUUGGGCUUCACCUCCUUCUACCUGGCUGGGAAGCUGCAUUGCUUCACGGACCAGGGCCGCGGGCGCAGCUGGCGUCUGUGUGCCAUGUUGCUGCCCCUCUACAGUGCUGUGAUGAUUGCCCUGUCCCGCACCUGCGACUACAAACACCACUGGCAAGAUGCCUUUGUUGGAGGGGUGAUCGGCCUGCUCUUUGCCUACAUCUGCUACCGGCAGCACUACCCCCCGUUCCUGCACAUGGACUGCCAUCUACCUUACGCCAGUCUGGCCAAAGCCCCCCACCUCGUCUCUGCCCAUGGCGAUCCCCUGGUCCUGCCCACCGAGAACACCACCAGCAUGCCUCUGAAGGGGCUGACAGUGGGGCCUGUAUGA